UGUAGUGUGCACGCGCCGCUCGGCUUUGCGCAGGUCGCCCAUAAGUGAAGUCCCACCGGCCGUUUAAUCGCCUACAAUCCCAGCAUGCGCGCGCUCGUGCCAGGAGGUUGAUGGCGGAGAGCGAUGACUGAGGAUCUGGAUGAAGAGGUCGUGUUCGAGAACUCUCCUCUGUUUCAGUACUUGCAGGAUUUAGGACACACCGAUUUUGAGGCAUGUUCCCCCAUCUCUCAGGAGCAGAAGGAGGAACUGAGCUUCGGUGCCCAGGACAUCCUGCCCCCUCCCAGAGAAGGUGGAAUCUGGAAGCUGGCUGAGAUCCUGCAGUCUCUGAAUCCGUUUCGACAGAGCGAUGCCCCCCUGCAGCUGGAGCAACAGCUGGACGCUGCGUUCCGGCAGUACUCCCUGCGCUGUGUGUUAUCUCAGGACGUGCUGUUGCAGGAGGAUGUGGAGCUUAUUGAGCUUUUAGACCCCAGUGCUCUGUCUCUGGGCUCCACAAGUACCGCCUGCCCGAGCGCCACCUCAGCCCUGCCUGCACCCCGCUACCUCUCCACACCCUCGAUAUGGGAUGUCUCUGUACUGGUCGCACUUUUGGCCGUCUUGCUCACGGUUUGCCGUUCUUGUCAUGAGAAUGGCCAGGGCCUGCUAUGGCUGUGUGUCUGUGUGGUGUGCGUCGUCUGUCUGCGUCUUGGCGUCCGUCUGUGGCACAAGGCGGCAAUGCAGCAGCAGGUUCAGGCUCAAGCCGUCCAGCUGGAGAGUUUAGUGAUCAACAGUCGAGCUCUCACCAGCCUGGCGCGCAAAUCGCUCCGGCUCAUCCAGGAGACCGAAGUCAUCUCGCGAGGAUUCACUCUUUUACUCGACAGGGUGAGUGCGGCCUGUCCCUUUAACAGGGCGGGGCAUCUGCGCAGCCAGCAGUUGAUUGGUUUGAGGAAAGCCGCGUACCAGAGCCUCCGCUGCGCGUUCCGUGCCUCCCGCAUCGCCACCUGCAUCAUGCUCAAGUCGUUUCCACUCAACUCCGAAAUCGACAACGUCACCAACUACGUGUCGACUGUACCAAUCAGAGAACUCGGCCUGGGCCUGGGGGCGGAGCAUCUCUCUGAUGAACAGGCACAGGAGCUGACCAAUGACUACAGUUUGCCUGCACUCAAACUGCUUUUUCAGUUAUGGGUGGGCCAGAGCUCUGAGUUUUUUCGCCGAUUGGCUCUGAUGCUGUCGUCCGGGAGGGCGGAUCUCGAGUCCAAGCCCCGCCUCCUCGCAUACAACAGCGUGGCCACAGUCACCGGCUCCCUUCAUCCCUCCCUGGCCUGUUGCCUUGGUGACCUGCAGCGCAGCUAUGAAUUUCAUCGAUACUUUGAGAUGCAGCAGCAGGCGCAGAACGCGGGUCGGGCAAGUCGGGCACGGCAGAAGUGCAGAGAGCUCAACUCGCUCCACACAUCUAUCCGCAGCCUUCAGCUCCACCUCAAAGCCCUGCUCAGCGAGGUGAUCAUUCUGGAGGAUGAGCUGGAGAAGCUGAUGGUUGCUAAGGAGUCUGAGGAGGUGACGUGUGCAGGUUACCAGGAGCUCAGUGAGCGCCUCCACCUCCUGCAGCCUCACAUGCAGGCUAGCUCGUGCUGCUGGGAAGACAUGACCGCUCAGGUGGAGCGCAUGCUGCGCAGGGUCACCCACUGCCCAGGAAGUGCAGAUAGUCCAGAGGAAGCAGCUGGUCCUGCCCCACCUCCUCCUGCCCCCAUUUCACACAUCGAUGACACGGACCCUGUCCCAGAGGAACAGGAACUGGAGGCCUAUGUCUCCGACUCUGAUUCAGACUCGGAGUGGCGUGGGGCUGCGGACUUGCUUUCGCCAUGGGACAGGGAGCGUCAGCGGCGUGAGAGGGAGGAGUCACGCAGGGUUUUACUUGAGCUCAAAUCCGUCCUGGGGAUCCGAACCUCCGAGCUGGAGCGAGACAAACGCAAACUGCUGCUGUUCAGCGACAAAGCUGCAUUGGGUCAGGUUGCCCCAGAGUCAUCUGCCGAUUACCCAGAAUCCUCAGCGAAUCCGGGCUGCAUAGACCUUGCGGAGUCUGAAAGCAACCACAUCUACCAGGAACCUUCAGGAGGAGAUGGGGAGGAGUUAGAAGAGGGAGGAGGAGAGAUGGCGAUAGGCCGUACGGAGGACCGCGAGCCGGUCGCGGCAGUGACUGAAUUCUGCUGCGGCGAUUCCGAAAGCGCCGCAGACGCGCGAGACACGCGAGGCAAAGACGAGGAAACGCGGCUCUUCCAAUCAGACGGCCUCCUGGAUGAGGAGGCGGGCCCGGAUGGAACUCCCAGAGUCCCCACCCUGUCUGUGAUCGAAAGACUUACAGAACUGCAUGGCUCCGAAGUGCUUAGCAUCGGCUCGGCUCUAGCUGCCCAGGUGGCUGCUCGCUCCCACACCUUCACACACCUGCAGGAAUGCACCUAUGGGGACUCGGAUGAGGACGAGGGGGAUGAAGAGGAGGAAGGGGAAGUGGCGUCACAGCCAGAGGGAACGGAGACAGCAGAGAAGUAAAGAACAACGAGCUGAACUGUUUAAGCAUAUACAGGUUAUUUAUUCUCAUCUGCCCUAGAGUUAUUUAUUGAGCUUCAGAUCAGCUUGAUUGACUUUUCUAUGUCCGUCCUUUUACGUGCCUCCAUGUGUGUUCAUGUUUACACUCUCCGUCUACUGUCCCUUAGUGCACUUGUCCCCUCCAGUCUUUUCGCAGUACACCUCAGGUACAGGCUAGUUAAUGCAGACACGGAAUUCUACAGCAAUCUACAUCAACACUUCACCUUCGUAUUCAAAUAUUCGGCUCAUUAUUUACAUGUGUACAGGAAUGUUUGGGGGCCAGAUAGCCACGAAGCUCGAGGGCUAUUUAUUAGGGCUGUAGAUUCCGAAUAUUACAACCAGAGAAAACAAGCUCAUAUUAUUUAUAGACCUGCUUGUUUUUUUGUUUUGUUUUUACUGAGGUUUGCAUUCAACCCAUUCGAUUCACGCGACAAGGUGAAUAUUAUAAUAAUAAAGAGAAUCAGACUCUCCUGGGGGCUGUUCAUCUGUGAAGAUAUUCACACACACUCACUAUAACGUUUGUGCAAAUAAUCCAUUGUACAUAAGUGGGUGUGUGUGUGUGUGUGUGUGUGUGUGUAUGAGGAGAGUUUUGUUGUAAAAGACCCAUAUACACUAACAUUUACAGCAGUGUGAUUCAGAAAAACAGGCGCUCGCUGAGGUUCCAGAUGCCUCGUUGUAUUUACAGCUGUAGGGAUGAUCAUUUUCACCCGAGCAAUUAUUAUUCAGCGUAAAUGUAUUCGAUCAGCAAAGACACGAUUAACGUCUGGUGUUCACUUUCUACUAAACACUAUAUUUCCAAAAGUAUUGGGUCACCUGCCCUUUCCUUAUAUAUGUGUGUUAUUUUCCAAACUGUUACCACAAAACUGGUAUAAUAAAAUUAUGCAUUCACUUCAA